CCUAAUGGCCUCCCUCUCCUCCCCCAGGCGGCCAGAACGGCGAGCUGUGCGUGGUGGAGACGCCCCUCAAGACGAACUACUUCACGCCCGUGGUCGACGCGCCCGCCACCUGUCGCGGCUGCCUCUUCCCGCGCCCGCCGCCCGACCACGCCCCUCCCACCGGGACCACGCCCAUCCGACAGGUCCAUAUCAUCCAUGUGGACGACCCGGAGGGCGGGGCCGUGGAGGUCGUGCUUGCGGGGAAGAAGAGGGGGGCGGACUCCCAGGAAGCCACGCCCACCCCUCAGGACAUGCCCACAUCGCCGGAGACGCCCAUGUCACGGGUGGCCUUGGUGCUGCACUCCUCCAGGGGGAAGGCGCCCGUCGUGUUCACCGUCACGGCGCAGGGCAUUCAGAACCACACCAAGAGCAUCUUUCUGGUGAGCGGGGACGACGAAGUGCGCGGGAGCAACCUCCGCUACAGCAUCGCCCACCGGCAGCGUCUGUCGGAGGAAAAUCUCAUCCCGACCAUGACUCGCAAGUUCGGCUUCGUGACGUCGUACACCCGAGCUCCUCGCGCCAACAGGGUCAUCUUGGAACUGUCCGAAGAUGAUGAGUCUGGUCCUGGCUGUGGCAUCGACACCAAGGAAGAUAGCCCAGUGAGCAAAUGCAUCACGUCGAUAGAACAGCCUAUUUCAGGGUGCUAUCAUCACAACAUGCUCGGGGAAAAUGACAGGGACAUACACAUCAUCGAAGUGGAUGGCAGCAGUAAUGAAAAUGGGAGCCUUGUCCUCGAGGUCACAGGAAAAGGAGAAAGAGGUGGAAGCAGCAUUGGCCAAGGUGGAAAUACCAGUGUGGAGAGAAAUAUUACUUUUGUCCUCCGCACUUCCAAACCGACUACUUGGUCCCUUCAUGCUACCAAUCUUCAGGGCACCAUUACUUUGCUUGUGGGUGGAGGUGAUCAGGUAGAGAACACAUCAGUGUCAGGACCUGGUGUGAUGGUGGAAGUCAAGAGAAUCGAAGUGCCAGCUACAUUUGACCAGCUGAUCCUAACAGUAUUAACGACCAUUGGCCCACCUGUGUCUUACACUCGCACUACAAGCCCAAACAAGAUUACUGUUGUAGUCCCUGCGAAGAAUGAAAAUCGGGUAGUGCUGCCUUCAUAUAUCCCUGUUAAUGAAAGACCAACAGUUUAUGCGGAGGAUCCUACAACGUUGAUACACGGAGCGCUUUCUGUAAGCUGUGACCAAAACAGUAUGACAGUGGCCAUCCCACGUCGAAUAUCAGAACGUGUAGGAGGAAUCUCGAUGUCUUUAGCCGAUCGCACGUGUACGGGAGUGCUGAAUGCCACUCACGUCGUCAUAAAGCAGAGGUUCUCCAGAUGUAGUUUUACUCAUCAAAACUCAGCCUACCAGACUACAUAUACAAAUUAUGUAAUGAUGGAAUUAGGCCCAAGUAUUAGUGAUGACGAAGACUUUGAUGGCUCAGGAUACGGGUCGGAUGAUGAGUAUUAUGCCACCAAAAUCCAUCCAAUUCAGGUGCAGUGUCAAGUAGACCCCCAGCCCGAGCAGGAAACCAAGACAACAACAAACAGGAAGAGUACUACGGAAUCUUCAGCUGGAGCGACAUACAAGAUGGAUAUCUUCAGGGAUCGGGAUCACAAGACACCUAUAACAUCAAGUGAUUUGCCGGCAACCACAAAUGUCAACCGUAGACUCUACGUUCGAACCAAGCUAGCCAGUGUAAUGCCAUGGACCGCAGCAUAUGAUGCAGAUUUACGGGUAGUCUUGGAGGACUGCUGGUUAAGCAACAGCUCAGCUCCUGAGCGUCCUGGUGCUCCUAGAAUACCUCUCAUGCGCAAAUCUUGCCCUCAUGAUUCUUCUAUUGAUUUAGAGCCAGAGCAGUACCACAGCCCCACCUCAGGAUUCAGUUUUCAGGUCCUUCCUGAGUAUUCGUAUUUGGGUUCUUUCUACCUACACUGUCAGUUGGGAGUAUGUUCUGCAGACUCUCUUCCAAGGCCAGCUGUAAAUCGGUGUAUAAAUCCUGGUCACUACUGUAAUGAGGCUCCACUCAUGCAAGUAUUCCUUGAUCAACCAUCAUCCUCAUCACUACAGACCUUAACUGUUGGACCUUUUACGAUUGUCUCGAGUACAAAGUCUGCCUGGUCAGACAAGAACACCGGAAAAAGGAAGGAGAAUAGCAAAGAGGGCAUGACCAAGAACAGUGAGGUCAGCCUGCCCGUCAACAAUGCCACAGAAGAUAAAACCCAGAUUAUCGUACUCGGAGGACUCUCAACGGAGAUAGUUGUAGGAAUAGCAUUGGCUUCAUUCAUCAUCGGUGUUUGUUUGACUGCAACACUCUGGGUGAUACAUAUGAAGACAGAUCCCCGACGGCAGAAGCGUCCAGAGGGCGGGGCACCAAGGAAUUCCGGAUAUGAUCUAUCAGCUCACUCAGGAUCGUCAACUCCCUCAUCGCAGGCUCCUAUGACAGCCUGACGGUCCCAUGGGCUGCCCCCAUUGUGGUCAAGGCGUGGCAAACUCCAGCAUGCACCUCCUCCAACCACCAGUUGUGUCUAGUGGCCAAGACUAUAUUUCCAGGUGACCAGAUAGAAAUUAACCCCAGUCUACAAACAGGCCGCUUAUGACACUUGCCUGUGACUACCACAAGAAUGGCUGCCUAAAUUUGUGCCCUUCCUGAGUUGUCCUUGAUAUAUAUAUGAAUGUGUAUAUAUAUGUACCUGGGUAUUUAUACAGAUUGAGAAACAAGUUAUAGUAAUGUCUUUAUUUAUCAUAGGUCAGUUUUUGUGAGAAGAUAUUAUGUGGUGCAUGUUUCUUGUUCAGAGUAAACAGGCACUAUUGGGUUGAAUUAUUUACCUUAUUUUACUAUAAAAAGAGAAAUUUUCAGGGAACUUGUUAUUUAACAUAUUACAGGAAAUGAGAAGUACCAGAUGAUUUUUUGUGUGUCAUAAACAUGCUAUUUCUUCACCUGAUGCUUUGUAUUGUAAUUGGGUAAUGACAAGGCAGUUUGUAGCUUGGUUAUGUAGUUCAGUUUUGUAUACUGGAAGUAAGUUUAGGACUUUAUUUAUUAAGUGUUUUAUAAAGGGAGUUGAACUGCUCUGCCCUGUUCCUAUAUAUGCCAAACUACUAGCUAGAAUUUUUGCAUUGUAUCACCCCAGUACCUUGCAUAUGUAGUCAUGAGUUGCACUAAACAUUACGGGUAAAUGUUUGUAAGCUGUUAGUAUGACAAGUAUGCCCUUAGAGCAGCGCACUUCCUCUAUUAUCCUUUCUUUAAUGUAUUUCUGUAUCACCAUCAUUCAUAUUAAUUUAUUCCUCUGAUUUUAUUUUGAUAUGGGAUCCAAUAGGAAUAUUCAAAUUGACCAGGAAAUGGAAGGCAGUUCCCAUCUGUGUGUAAAGGGAGUCAUCUGUACCAAUAUAUAGACUGACUAUCCAGGAAACCAUUGGACAAAAUCUCAGGGGCAGUCCUAUCCCGUAGUGCACUGAAGUACUACUUAUACUCUUGCAUGUAAAGAAGUACGUGGCAGAUUAUUAAUGAUAUUUGUUCCAGGGUUUUAAUGCUCAUUACUGUAAUCUUAUUACAUUUAUAAUUUAUAAUCACAGCUGCAGAGGUCAACAAAGCACGAUUUCUUGUAAGUGAACUGGAAUGUGCUCUGACAAAGGUGCAUCUUCAUAUAUGAAUGUAUAUUGUACCUGCUCAUUUCAUUUUAUUUUAUCAAUAUUGUUAUUAUUUUUUUCACCAUAUUCAGCAUAAACUGUGUGUACAGUUCACUGCUGCAUAAGAAAUUCCUGUUAUA